ACGGCGUGGGGGAGGGUGCCCGGCCUGCCCCCGGGCGUCCCCUUGGCUCUGUCCCGGGGGCCGGGUCCUGGGGCCACUCGAGCGCAGAUCGGGGCCUGAGGCUGCGCUGAUCUGGCAGCGUCCUGGCAGCCGGACCCGGCCUCUGCCAACCUCCGGGGUUGCCCUGGAACCAAACCAGAGUCGGCCGUGGGAGACAGUCUGCCAGCCACGGCACGUCCCCGCCGGCGCCUGCCACCUGGGAGGCCCCCGGACACGCGCCCACGACGCCCUGAAGGCAGCCCAGGCCUGGCGAGGUGACGGGGAGCCUGCCGAAGCCUGUGUCCUGAGCGCUGGCCGUCGGGGCAGCCAGAUCCUUUGCCUGUGCUGGAGCCACGAAAAAGAAGAAUUAAUCCAGAGCAUGCUGACCCAGGUCGUAGAGCAGUUCUCAAGAGCGUUUAAGAUCAACGAACUCAAAGCCGAAGUCGCGAAUCACCUGGCCGUGCUCGAGAAGCGCGUCGAACUGGAAGGCCUGAAAGUGGUGGAGAUUGAGAAAUGCAAGAGCGACAUCAAGAAGAUGCGGGACGAGCUGGCGGCCCGAAGCAGCAGGACCAGCUGUCCCUGUAAGUACAAUUUUGUGGAUACCAACAAGAAGAUGACGCCCCGGCGUGAUGUCCCCACUUACCCCAAGUACCUGCUCUCUCCAGAGACCAUCGAAGCGCUCCGGAAGCCCACCUUUGACGUCUGGCUCUGGGAGCCCAACGAGAUGCUGAGCUGCCUGGAGCACAUGUACCACGACCUGGGCCUGGUCCGAGACUUCUCCAUCCACCCCGUCACGCUCAGGAGAUGGCUGCUCUGCGUGCACGACAACUACAGAAACAACCCUUUCCACAACUUCCGGCAUUGCUUCUGCGUGACCCAGAUGAUGUACAGCAUGAUCUGGCUCUGCCGGCUCCAGGAGAAAUUUUCCCAAAUGGAUAUCUUGAUUCUAAUGACGGCAGCCAUCUGUCACGAUUUGGAUCACCCAGGGUACAACAACACGUACCAGAUCAACGCCCGCACGGAGCUGGCCGUCCGUUACAAUGACAUCUCGCCCCUGGAGAACCACCACUGUGCCGUGGCCUUUCAGAUCCUCGCCCAGCCCGAGUGCAACAUCUUCACCAACGUGCAGCCGGACGGGUUCAAGCAGAUCAGACAGGGGAUGAUCACUCUGAUUCUAGCCACUGACAUGGCAAGACACGCAGAAAUUAUGGAUUCUUUCAAAGAAAAAAUGGAGAAUUUUGACUACAGCAACGAACAGCAUGUGACCCUCCUGAAGAUGAUUCUGAUAAAAUGCUGUGAUAUCUCCAACGAGGUGCGUCCGAUGGCAGUUGCAGAACCUUGGGUGGACCGCUUGUUGGAAGAGUAUUUCAUGCAGAGCGACCGCGAGAAGUCGGAAGGCCUUCCCGUGGCCCCUUUCAUGGACCGGGACAAAGUGACCAAAGCCACGGCCCAAAUUGGGUUCAUCAAGUUUGUCCUGAUCCCCAUGUUUGAAACGGUGACCAAGCUCUUCCCUGUGGUCGAGGAACUCAUGCUGCGGCCCCUUUGGGAAUCCAGAGACCGUUACGAGGAACUGAAACAAAGAGAUGACUCCUUGAAAGAGAGGGAGACGGAGAGCUUGACGGCGGGGGGCACCGACACGUCGUCGUCGUCGAGAGAGAAAAGCAGAGAUGUGAGAAACAGAGAAGAGGGUGCUAUUCUGAAUUGACAUCUCGAUGCACGUGACGGAGCCUGGAGGAGGCAGGACGAUGCGGGCUGUGGUUCUGGACCAGGCUGGCCGAGCCUCGCGAGCCGUCCGCGCGGGGGAGAAGUUCGUUCCGAGCGCCUGACUCCACGAGACCACGUUUUCUAAGAACUGUUUUGUUCACUGAUACAAAAAAAAAAAAAAAAAAAAAAAAGGAAAACGGAAUUCAUGAUGCUGUACAGAAUUUUUAUUUUUAAACUGUCUUUUAAAUAAUAUAUUCUUAUACAGAAACGGGUACUGUACUUUUUCUUUGUAGUGUUGUGUAUCCGGGGGCUGCGUCUGGCAGUCCCCAGAGCCCCCGAGCUCUCACGGGGGGACAGGAACUGUGCUUUGCUCGCAGAUGUGUCUGCGCGGUGUGAUGUGACACUCCCUCCCGUGUAAAUUCAGAAUUAAAUGCCAGGCGGUGCCCGGAGCACAAGGA